UACAGUUCUCGAUGUUUUUGUCGAAUGGUCAGAAAAGACAGAAAGGCGAAGCCGCUCUGCGAAUUCUUAUUAUGUAUUAAAUAAUACGAAUUACGUGUUGUGAAUUAAAUCAAAAUAAAUGAGUGUAGCGCCUCGCAUUGUUAGCUACAGCUAGUGAGUGCAUGAACGUGCCAUUGCAGUACGACAUCGCGUUGUUGCUGUUGUUGCUGUUGAUGCAUGUCAAAAAAGAAUACGCAAAAAAUCUUUGUUAACAACAAAAACAAAGUCUGCCAUGAGCCGCCUUAUAGAGAAGCCCAACAUUGCCAUGUCCAUCACAUCGUCAGGUAGUCAAUUAUCCAACACAGUAGCCGCCGGCUCGGCCAGCAAUGUGGCCACAGCGGACGACAACCCUUCCCCGGCAGAGGAUGAGGAUGGCCACAGCAGCGAGCUAGCAAGAACUCAAAUGCUGACCCCCUCCGCUGAUCAGAAUGCGAAGUCCUCAAAUAUGCGCAACAAAGUGGACCAGGUGCUCGUCAGUCUGAUAGCGGGCGCAGCAGCCGGUGCAUUGGCCAAGACCACAAUUGCUCCCCUGGACCGCACGAAAAUCAACUUCCAGAUACGCAAAGAUGUGUCAUUUUCGUUCAGGGCCUCGCUCAACUAUCUGGAGCAGACAUACACCAGGGAGGGCAUGCUCGCCCUGUGGCGCGGCAACUCGGCGACGAUGGCGCGCAUUGUGCCCUACGCAGCCAUCCAGUUCACAUCCCACGAGCAAUGGCGACGCGUCCUGCAUGUGGAUCAGAACGGCGCCAGCACUAAGGGACGCCGUUUUAUCGCCGGCUCGCUGGCGGGCAUAACCUCACAAUCGUUGACCUAUCCCUUGGACUUGGCUCGCGCUCGCAUGGCUGUCACGGAUAGAUACACGGGCUAUCGCACGCUGCGCCAGGUGUUUGCCAGGAUUUGGGUGGAGGAGGGUCCGCGUACCUUAUUCCGAGGCUAUUGGGCCACAGUCUUGGGUGUUAUACCCUAUGCGGGUACCUCCUUCUUCACCUACGAAACGCUCAAACGCGAAUAUCAUGAAAUCAUUGGCAAUACAAACCCGAAUGCUUUUGUUUCGCUGGCAUUUGGUGCAGCGGCCGGUGUAGCUGGUCAAACGGCUAGCUAUCCGCUGGACAUUGUGCGUCGGCGUAUGCAGACAACCCGGGUGAACAUCAAUGCGCCGCAGUCUUCUCCAACGAUACUGGCGACGCUUGUUACAAUAUACAGGGAGGAGGGCAUCAAAAACGGCUUCUACAAGGGCCUGAGUAUGAACUGGAUCAAGGGUCCCAUUGCCGUUGGCAUUAGCUUCUCCACGUACGAUCUGAUAAAGGCUUGGCUUAUCGAACUGUCCCACUUGAAGCGUGGUCGGGCUGAGAACUAGCAGUUGCCCUACAAACACAUACACAUACACACACACACACACACACACAAACACGCAUACUCAUUGAUACACAUACAUAUAUACAUGUAUAUAUAACUAUAUAUAUAUAUAUGUAUAUGUACAGAUGUACACAGAUAAGGAAAGAGAUAGACAAACGCACUGCUUUCGUUAUUAAGUUAAAUGUUCGGAUAGCAUGGAUUGAUUUUCUCAUGCAGCAUCAACAUUGUUACAUUUGAUUGAUAUUUUUAGUUGUUAGCUGUGGAAGAGUUAUGAUGAAUACACAAGCGCUUACUUUUGUUAUUCACUGUAAACGAUUAUUUUCUUUAAGCUGAAAGUAAACUAAACACAAUAAAAACAUAACCUGUCUGUAUAAAGUUUCAAA